GGAAUUUUAACUUUAACUUAACUUGAAUGACUUUGGGUCACCAGCAUCCUGCCAGCAAAGCUUAGAUGAGACAGAGCACCAGUGGGGCGUGACUGGGGUACAGUCCCGGGACUGUUUGUUCUCCACACAAAAAAUGAGCACCUCAGCUAAGGAGCUUUAAACUUUACACACAGAAGGAAGGUCAGGCCGGUUCGCCGCGCUCGGAUCGAGAUCAUCGCCGACCCCCCUCGCGGUCACAGACGCGCUCGAAACAGUAAAACAGCUGGAGUCUGUCAUCUGGCCACGGGCCCUGUCAAGAGACUUCGUCGCACCUGGGUGUCAAGAGGUCUGUGAGAGAGAGAGAGAUCGGGCCGAUGCACACACCCCCUCCCAGACUCCCGUCUUACUAUAAAGAGCGCAGCCUGGAAAACGCUGGUCAUCUGGAAACAAAACGGGCAAGAGGGAAUACUGAUCCUGGAAGGACAGAUCCAUCAGGGCAAAGGAACGGCACAGAAACGGGACACAGGGAACUGAGCUCCCUCUAGCCUGGAGACGAGGCUGCUGGGCGGCCAGCGAAACUUUUACCGACCACAGUGUAGGUUAUAUUAAAAGCAAAAACGAGAGGAAUUUCCUGUGAAGUCCCUACUUCCAGUUGUUCCUUUCUUCCUCUUUUCCCAGGACUGGGUACCGAUCUGUCCCUUGGAGAUACAGCAGGUGGGCAGGACUGGAUUUUUGCUUUUUUUUUCGCAGGACUUUUGUCUUGGAAUGGCAGAACGGAUCGCUAUCGGAACUGAAAGGAGCCUGCGUGUCCCAAAAGGCUUUUGAGGGAAUCCAAACUGGAGAUCUCUUUCCGACAUCGGAAUUGUCCAUCGAGCCUUCACCUUGGAUCGAUGUGCUUUCAAGGUGUGCAGGGCGACGCAGAAGACAGGCUUUCUGAGGUCAGCUCCCGAGAGAAGGGCUUCUGAAAGCAAAGAGGGUGUCAACAGGACAGGAGGAGAGGCUGGUGAGGGAUCCCUUUGCAUUUUCCUCGGAAAAGCAGGAACAUCGAAACGCUCUUCUCUGCGCACAAAGCCAGAGUUUUUUUACCAAGUGGUAAAAAGCACCGCGCUCAGGGUGUGGGAGCUUCGCUUGUCUUUCGAUAUUGGAGGUGGAAGAAAGCUCAGUGUUUUUUUCCAGGAACACAAAACACAAUGGAUUGGGCUCCUGAUCGCAGUGGAUCACCAGUCUAAGAACCUGGAAGACGAAUUCUAAAGGUUUCCACUCCGGCAAAUCAGCACAGACGCUGUGAGCAUGACUCCUGUCUGGACUGCUUCCCAGCGUUUUAACCCAUCGGCUCGUCUCCCAGACGCACACAAAGCACUGGGAGAGAUCCGGACAACUGGAGCUUAAGCUGGGCCGUCACUGAAAGGGUCUCCCGGAAUUUAGCACUGUUUGAGAUCGCGUUUUAGGAAAGUAAACCUGGAAGCGUUCCUGUGUUUAUGUCUCCAGCGCUCCACACCCACAAACGGGUGCAGAUUCCACAGCAGCCGUGUUGAAGGAUAAGGAGACAGUCAGUUCGGGAUACCGGGGAAGAGCUCAAGGGCUGCGAGGCCAGGCUGCGUUACAAUACCGAUUGAGCCAGCCCAAGCAAAACCCCAGACAUGGACCUGAGAGGAGACCCCAGCCCGAACCGCAGCGCCAACGCCACCGGCACCGCGCCCGCCCACCUCUGGGUGACCUCCCUGCUGGGGGCGACCCUCCUGGCCACGUGGGUGCUGGGCGCGGCCGGGAACGCCUACACCCUGGCCGUGACCAGCACCGCGCUGCGCCGCUCCGCCUCGCUCUGCGUCUACGUCGUCAACCUGGCGCUGGCCGACCUCCUGUACCUCUCCACCAUCCCCUUCGUGGUGUGCACCUACUUCGCCCGCGACUGGCUCUUCGGGGAGACGGGCUGCCGAGUGCUGCUCAGCCUGGACCUGCUCACCAUGCACGCCAGCGUCUUCGUGCUGGGCGCCAUGAGCCUGGAGCGCUACCGCGCCGUGGCCAGCCCCUUCCGCGCCCGCCGGGCCUCGGCGGCCUCCCGCCGGCUGGCGGCCCUGGCCAUCUGGGCGGCCUCCUUCCUGCUCGCCCUGCCCAUGAUGCUCAUGGUCCGCCUGCACAGGGACCGGCCGGAGCCCGCGGGCCCCCCCCGGCGCAUCUGCUCGCCCACCUGGACGCCGGCCGCCUUCCGGGCCUACCUGACCGUCCUCUUCUGCACCAGCGUGCUGGGGCCGGGGCUGAUGAUCGCCGGGCUGUACGCGGGCCUGGCCUGGAGGUACUGGGCGGUGCAAGCCGGGCUGGGGCCGCUGGGCGGGGGGGCGGCGGCGGUGGCGGGGGGCCGGAGGGGGCCGAAGAGGAGGGUGGUCACCAUGGUGUUCGCCAUCGUCCUGGCCCACUGGGCCUGCUUCCUGCCCUUCUGGGCCUGGCAGCUGGCCAAGCUGUACUCCCCUGGCACCCUGGGGGGCCUGUCCCCCGCCACCCACACCUACGUCAACUUCGCCCUUACCUGCCUGACCUACGGCAACAGCUGCGUCAACCCCCUGCUCUACACCCUCCUGACCAGGAGCUACAGGGACUACCUGGCCCAGAAGGCCCGGCCCGCCAGCUCAGCUGGGCCGGACCCAGCCGGUCCUGGAGGGGCUGUGGCGCUUCGGCACCCUUAGGCCCUUCACAAGCGGAUUGGGACCGGGGACAAGAAGGGGGGGUAAAUACACAGUACCCCGUUAGAAAGUAACUGGCGACCCGCAUCAGUGGUGCCGAGCUCUGCUUCUGGGCUCUGCUGUGUGCUUCUGGGUUUGCGCUCCGGUCACGUUCAUACUCAGCAACUGGGACUUGGGGUCUCUUUUUUUAGGUGGGAUUUUUAAUGUGGUCUUCCGGUUUUCGCGGGACACUUCAUUCGCAAGAACUCACGCUCACUCCUUGCCUUGUCCUAGAGAAGCUGGAGAUUUGGAGAGACCUAUAAAACCUGGACAGGGGACUUGAAGGACUGGAGUCAGGCUGUCCCUGUGUAAAUCAAGGCUGGUGGACUCCCCUCCUCUGAGGUCUGUGGUGUCCGCUGGUACUCAUUCCAUUGUGCAUCUUAAUCGCUUCAUUGACAACACUAGGAUAAGGUGUUAAAUCACAUUCGUGUUCCAAAUACCUGUAAAACCUAUGAGAACUGGAGCCACCUCUUCAAAAUAUUCCCCCAGCAUAUGACAGCAAGUCAUUUCUUACCUAGGCAACCAUAAUGGCUAAUUUUGCAAGAAGUUACGUUUGAAAUGCUGUACGGAGCCACGCCGGACACACUCCGGGUGCUCAGCACUUUGAUCCACUUCAGCUCUUACGAGCUGCACGCUUGCUGUGCUGACCAGGCAGCAGAUAACCAGCGUCGCAGAGUGCUGCCCCUGCAGAUCUGCUCAGGAAUGAGAUAAAAGCACAUCCUGCAGAGCUCCUGCUGGAUGAAGUACUCGCGAGAUUUUGCAUGCUUGGGUCUCAACCAACCUGAAACGGAGCCCCUGCUGUGCGAUGGGAGGCCUACGUUUCCCCCUGCAACUUGCAAUACAACAUUACACUAGACAUCCACGCACAGUUUUGCAGGGUGCUUUAUAUUAAAAUUCAUAAAAGAUGAGCUUGGGUAAUUGGAACAAAUGAAUUUCCAACCGUAUAAUGAAAACAUUUAGGGAGACCCGCGGGAAAACGCUCUUAUAGCAUUCCGGCUCUACCGCUGAUGGCCUUGUACUUUAAUGAGACUCUUUACUGCUUUUCUCUCCUCUGAUGGUUUAACUGCCUCCGUUUCAUGAUAACAUCACAGAGGCAGUGCCCCUCCGUUCAAGGGAAUCCUGGCCUCAUGACACAGCCCGGGUUCAAACCAGCAAAACCUUAGCUGAACGGCUCGAUGUCCCUUUGCUGGCUGAGCCCCACCAUCAUCAUAAUUCCUUACAGCUAUAUAGUGCUUUUCUGGACACUUCAAUCAAAGCACUGUGCAGGUCACAGGGAAUCUUCAUGGGGAAUAUAUAUUCCCCAUCUACCUAUACAAUCCCACUACCACCACCAAUGUGUAGCCCCACCUGCGAGGGCAGACAGUGCGCCAGUACGCUCCCCACCCACCAGCUAUCUGUGGGGAGAUCCCUAAUGGUCCCACUAACACCUCUCCCAGCAGAAACCUCAGCUCUCCCAGGAGUCUCCCCUCCAGGCACUGGUCAGGCUCACAUGACUGAGCUCCAGUGGGGCUGCCACUUGCAGGGUGAUACAGCUGCUAGCAAAGUUAUUGCAGAUUCAUAUUCUGAACUUUGUUCUGUGGAAAGAAGCAGUUGGUGAAAAUGUUGUUCUUAAAGACUUUUUUGGUUUUGUAUUUUACAUUGCUUUGUACUUAUGUCACUGUAUUUAA